AUGUCUUCAGAACGAAGCAAACUCCGAAUCGCCCUCGGGGGAGAUGACGCUGGCUUCGACUACAAGAGCAUCAUCGCCAACGACUUGGCCCUCAAUGCCAGCGUUUCCUCUGUGAUUGAUUUUGGGCCCAAGACAUCUAGCGAUAAGACUGCCUACUCCCACAACGCCAUUCUUGCGGCUGAGUCAGUUGCUAAGAAAGAGGUGGACCGAGCCAUUCUGAUUUGUGGAACUGGUCUAGGCGUGGCAAUUGCGGCAAACAAAGUGCCUGGAGUGCGGGCUGUCACGGCCCACAAUAGCUUCAGUGUUGAGAGGGCUAUCAAAAGCAAUAACGCGCAAAUCCUCUGUCUCGGGAAGCGUGUUAUUGGUAUUGAGCUGGCCAGAAAGCUAGUAAGGGAGUGGCUCGGGUACGAGUUUGAUCCGAACUCAGCUUCUGCCGAAAAAGUCAAUAUCAUAAAUGACUACGACGAGAGGAAGAAUCAGCGAACACGAUAA